CUGACAUUUCUAAGCAGCAGCCUGUCCCCUCCCCUUGGGCAGAAAGACAAAGGCAGAGAGAGCUUUCCUGUACCAGCCACAAUUCGCACAGCACGCGGACACCAUGGGGAACUGCAUCAUCACUGUGUCCAGCCGCCUGGAACUGAACACGAGCGAUUACAGCUUGGAGAACAUGACGGCGAAUUACUCCUACGACUAUGACACUAAUGAUAUCUUGGCCGCUGCGCCCUGCCAGAGUGGCUACUGUUCAUUCUUUCGCACUCAUGCCUUCAACUUCCUGGCUGUAGUCUGUGCCCUGGGCCUGUUGAGUAACCUGGCCCUGGUGGUGGCCUUGGCCAACUGCUGGGGUCUUUGGGGCUGGCCCCUUGGCAGAGCCUCCCUGUUCCAGCUGACGCUUGGCACCACCAUCUUCACAGCCAUGCUGCCAUUUUUUGCUGCAGGCAUCAGCCAAGGUUGGGUCAUUGGUGACGGGCUCUGCAAGGUGGCGUACAUGCUGUGGUACGGGAGCCUCUUUGCUCAAGGGCUGCUGGUAGCUGCCGGUGCAUGCAGUGCCAUGUGGGACAAAUGGGUUCCCAGACGGCACCACUGGUGCAUGGCCGUGGCUCUCUGGGUGGCAGCUAUCCUCCUGGCAGUGCCAGCUGCCUUGCUGAGUGGGACGGAGGGGCACCCGCAGGAGCUGUGUAUGAUGAGGGACACGCACUGGUGGCACCUGGCCCACGUCACAUCCUGCCUGGCUGUUUUCAUUCUGCUCCCUGCCGCACUGGGCGUGGCCAAGGCAAUGCUGACAUGGCGCAAGAGUGACUGUCAGCUGCGGGUCGGGGUGACGUGUCUGUUCUUCCUUCUCUGGGUGCUGUACGGGACAGCUCUGCUCUUGGACUCACUGAUGCGGAGGCAGCUGCUCGACGCCAGCUGCCAAUUCUACGAGUUUCUUGACUUCUUCCUGGGGCUGUCAGAGGGCCUCGGCGUGCUGCACUGCUGCCUGGGGCCCCUGCUGCUUCUCGGGGCAGGGCUGUAUCACCGAAGGACCCAUGCUGACCCAGGCCCCCUCCGAGUGCCAGCAUUGCCAACCCCAAAUGUUCAAAAAGCAUGAGUCAGGCUCACCAAAAAUCACGAGAUUGGCUUUAAAAUCCUGUGAGUCUGUAAAUAAUAUUGGGGUGCUUUUGAUUUGCCUUCUGCUUUUUGAACCUCUGGUGUGCACGGGGGUCACAUUUUAACGCUUUCUCUACAGCCAUGAGGGCCAGAAACUGACUUUUUCUUUAAGAAUAAAGGCUGAAGUUAUCACAUCUCCACUUGGCUCCAGGAGCUGGGGCUUUCAGGAAAACAAUAAUUAUCAUGAGGCUCAUGACAAACUCAUGAGAGUUGGCAACACAGGGGACAGGGCUGCCCGGGUCCCCUCCAGCUGGUGCUCUGCAUGUCCAUGUAAGCGCCUGUGCACAGCGGGGCUGCUCUCACGUGGGCUGGGCUGACUCGAGAGGAGUCACCGGAGCGUAGGGAGCUCGAGUUAACUGUGCCCUGAAGACAGACCCUGAAUCUCAACCUGGCCAAAACAGAACACUUAACCUGUCCCCCAAGCCCUCCCAGCACCCUGCUCUCUCGGUCCCCCGCCAUCGCCAUCACACCCGUAACCUGGGCAUUGCCUUUGACUUGUCCCUCUCUCUAGACAUCCACGCUGUGUCUGGAUCACAUCUCUCCUUACAGCCCGGCGUGUCUAAGACCCAGCCUGUCCUUUGGCCACACAGCUGUGUCUCUGGCCCAGGCCCUCAUCAUCUCUCACCUUCAUGACCACAUCCUCCUCCUCUCUGGUCUUGACAAACCCCAUCUUCUCCCCUUAAACCCUUUCGAAAAGCUACUGCCAGAUCAUUGCCUGGCUCAUUGGGCUCAGCGGGUCACCCCCCUGUGCCUCCCUAUGCUGGUCCCCCCUCCUCCACGGCACUGAACAUAAACAACAUGUCAGCCCUUCCCAGCUAUGGCCUGCCCAACUAACUCUUCUUUUAGAUGGCACUGAGCCAUCACCAUUCCCCCCUUCCCCCCAGUAAUGAUGCAGCCUUCAGCACCCAUCAGUUAGCUCAUCCCAGAAGCACCUUCUCACUCCCUCCCCCACCUGCCCUUAUGCCAUGGACAAGCAAAACCACCAUGUUCUCAGCCUUAAACCUCUCCAAGCCCCAGCUAGGCCUGCUGCCUACAAAAGGCUGGACGGUGGCUGCUGGGCUGUGACUGCUGCGCAGUCCCUGUUCCCUGUGCUCCCGGGUCUGUCUGUGCAACCUCUGUGACACUCUGUACCUCGGGGGAACACCCUGCAC